GCCCAAUCAACUAUAAAUUGUUAGCUCCCCUUUAAGUUAUUCAUCGUUUUGUAAAAGCAUUCAAUUACUCUCUCUCUCUGUCUUUCUCUCUAUUGUGUCGAGGAGCUCUCUUUGGUGACCAACAAUGCAGAAAGACAUUUUAAAAUACAAAAGAGAUUUUCCACCAGCUGAUUAUUCACUGAAGGUGGACUCAUACACUUUGCUUUCGGAAUCAAAGACAGAAAAAUAGGAUACCAAUGUCUUUGAAGUUGGAGGCUAUAAAUGGAGAUUGUCUUUUUACCCUAAUGGAGACAAGAAGAAUAAUGGGAGUGGUUACAUCUCCCUCUACUUGGUAAUUGCUGAAACAGACACUUAUGCUCCUGGUUGGAAAGUCAAUGUUGACUUUAAAUUUCUUGUUUAUGACCAAAGGGAGGACAAAUAUUUAACUGUCCAAGAUGAUAAUGGAGCUGUCAGGCGUUUUCAUGCAAUGAAGAAAGAAUGGGGAAUUGCACAAUUACUUCCACUUCAAACGUUUAAAAACCCUGCUUUUGGAUAUCUUGUUAAUGACUCGUGUGUAUUUGGAGUGGAGGUUUUAAUUAUCAGCUACACUGGAAAUUGGGAAUCUAUAUCCCUGGUUAAGGAGCCAAACAAUGGCGCUUUCACUUGGAAAAUCGAAAACUUCUCCAAAUUAAAUGAACUUUUCUAUUACUCUAACGUGUUUAAUGUAGAAGGAAUUAAUUGGAAGUUACGUGUUUACCCAAAGGGAGACGGUAAAGCGAAGGACACAUCAUUCUCAUUUUAUUUAACACUGCAAGAUUGGGGAAGUCGUCCGAUGAAGAAAGCAGUAUAUGCAGAAUACAAUUUAAGAGUAUUCAACCAAUUGGAUGAUGAUGAACAUGUUGAAAAAAAAGGUUCCAACUGGUUCAAACACGAACCUGGCUGGGGUUUUCGAAGUUUUAUGUCAUUGAGAGAUCUUCGUGAUGCUUCUAAAUGGUUCAUUGUGAGGGAUACUCUGAUUGUCGACAUUGUCUUCCUUGUUAUUUCUGUGGCUGAUGUUUCUUCAAGUAAGAAACCAAAUAUUGUAUAGAUUUCAUAACAUGUCAUAGUUGUGUUUUGUAAUAA